AUGAUGAACUCAAAAGAACUCUUGCUCGAGGACAGCGAUAGCGAAGAGGAUGAGCCGGAACGACUCCAUUUGUACAGAAAUCGCACGUGUCCUUUCGAAACGCUAUUGGACGUUGAGUUCCAAAGAACUUUCGUUUUGGUCGUCUUCUAUGAACUUUGCGAGAUGCUCAGAGAAGAUCAUCCAAUGAGUAGUGUAACGUCUCUGACGGUUGCCCAGCAAGUAGCUGCAUGUGUUCACCUUUUGAAUAGAAAAGCCACGCAGGCCGAUUUGGCGCAUCUUGCUGGCUGUAACCAAAGCACGGUUUUAAAGACAGGAUUUUUCUGA